AUGUGGGAGAUGUUUAUAUUGAGGAGACGGACCACAAUAUGGAUGGCAGCAAGAUCCGGUUUCUGCCGUGCCCCGCGGCCCCCGCCAAAAUAUUUAAACGCUCAACCUCUGAUUUCUACCAACAUCUACAAUUACUCGACGUCGCCUCUGCCUCAGAUUCCUAGCUACCGACAUAAUUCUCCUUGUUUAAUCUACGGGAACGCACAAUCAACAUUCACCAUGGCUCGCAAAUUUUUCGUUGGGGGAAACUUCAAGAUGAAUGGAACAUCUCAAUCAAUUUCCGACAUCAUUACCAACCUCAACAAUGCUAAGCUCGACGCCAACACCGAAGUGGUUAUCUCUCCUCCGGCCAUCUACCUUCUCCUCGCCCGCAGCCAAGCAGACUCCAAAAUCGGAGUUGCUGCACAGAACGUUUUUGAUAAGCCAAACGGUGCUUUCACUGGAGAGCUUAGCGUCGAUCAGUUGAAGGAUUCCAAGAUCACCUGGACUUUGACCGGACACAGUGAGAGAAGGGUUAUUCUCAAGGAGGAUGAUGACUUUGUUGCACGCAAGACAAAGGCCGCCGUGGAAGGUGGAUUGAACGUCAUUGUCUGCAUCGGAGAGUCCCUCGAGGAACGAGAGGCCAACAAGACCGUUGACGUUGUUACCCGACAACUGCAAGCUAUUGCCGACAAAGUCACUGAACAGCAAUGGUCCAACAUUGUCAUUGCUUAUGAACCCAUUUGGGCUAUCGGAACCGGAAAGGUCGCUACUACUGAGCAAGCUCAAGAAGUCCACGCUUCUAUCCGUGAAUGGCUUUGCAAGACCGUUUCUCCCGCUGUCUCUGAGGCUACCCGUGUUAUCUAUGGAGGAAGUGUCAACGAGAAGAACUGCGCUGAAUUGGCUAAGCAGAAGGACGUUGACGGGUUCUUGGUUGGAGGCGCCAGCUUGAAGCCUGCCUUUGUCGAUAUUAUCAACUCCCGCUUGUAA